AUGUACUCUUUAAGCGAAUUCCGUGGUCGCCACGAUAAUGAUGGUAGUGGUGACCAUCUCCCACGAGCGACCGGGCACCUUGGUCACCGGCGCGAAGGAUUUGGUCAAGGGCGUCGUUCGUUUCCAUCAGAUAUGCUCAAGCGCGCUGUGGCGAUGAACUUGCUUCCAACGCCUUCGGGAUCCAGCCAAGCCGCUCAGAAUACUGGUCUGGCCCACGGUGAGAGCUGGGCUCGAAUAACCGUGGUGCACGGUGCAACGCACCCAUUGAACGCCGUACAAGAAAUGGUCAACGCAGCCCUUGGCACUCAGCUCCGAUUCUACAACGUGUGCAUCGAAGGUCGCAAUUCAGUCCUGUAUGCGAAAAUCCGCCAAAGACAGCUGAUGACUUAUCGAAAGGCCUUGCAAUCAAUCCGAGACCCUUCAGACAACAAAACGUUUAUCGGUGAUAUCACUCUUGUACAUGAACCCCGAGUCCCUCAAUCCGAUACGGCCAAUUUAUCCUCCACGUCUGGUGAACUCACAUAUUCUCUACCGGACAGCUGGGUGGCGGCUCUUCGGCGUUGUUUUGUCGAGCGAUUCCAUGCAGGCACAAGAAAUCUGGAUCUAUCCAGCCUUCACACAGAUCCCACUUUACUCAGUCAGGGACUGUAUCUGCCUUUGAACAAAGCUGCCGUGGUGCAUGCAAUGAUCAACAUUCUCAAGGAAAACGCGGCCAAGCUCAGCCUGUUGAACUUGUCCAGCAAUCGUUUGAGUCAUCUGAACUCCUUUUCACCACUAGCCGCCAACCCGGAGGAUGCCGGCAGUGCGGUUUCAAUUGAACGAAUCGAUGUGAGCGCCAAUCCACUCACUGGACUGUCUGCCCUCGCUGGACUACGUGGCAUUGCCGGUCUGGUUGAAUUAGACAUUGCUGAUACUCCAGUUGCCGCACAAUUCCGAAAAUCCGACCGAACCCUGGUUGGAAACCUCCUCAAAGCUAUUCCAGGUUUGAAGAAGGUGAAUGGUGAGGAACUGCAGUCAGUCCGCUUUGCGAUAGAACAUGCUAGUUCGCCCAGCACUACGGAUGCUGCUCGUAUCCCGUUACCGCCAUCAACUCUCGGCUAUUUUCCCAACGAUGAAGUCCGGAUACCUUUGCUUACUUUUCUCAAAGAAUAUUUCACGCGGUACGACACAAAACCGCGUGGGGAAAACCUGCUCCCCUACUACACUUCAGCAUCACAGUUGGUACUGUCAGUUGGGACGGACCGCACCUUGUUCAGGGGAUCCAAUGUCCCUUCGUGCCGAAUAAUUACGCCAUCUGAGGAUGGGACGCGACAUAAGACCGUGCUAACAACCUGUCGUCUCGACACGGAGUACGUGACAAGAAGUCGCAAUUUGAUGCACUGCCAUAACGAAGCUCGUCGGAGAGAGCUGGUUGCCCGUGGUUCUUUGGCUUGUGCGGCCCUCUUGACGGAGCUCCCACCUACGGAGCAUCCUUUGGAAUCCUUUACCGUAGACGUUGCCUUUCAUUCACCCACUCAGAUGCUUUUCACUGUUACUGGAGUGUUCUACGAGGUACAUCCACUUCACCCAACCGACCCCUACCGAACCUCUGCUGCAUCCAACGCAAAUGAUGUCCGGAAAGUGCUCCGCUGUUUCUCUCGCACGAUGAUCCUGGUUGCCCCGGGUGGGCAUGUCUUACAAGACGAUUUACUCAUUUCCUGUCCUAGUGAAGCCCUAUGCAAGAAGUACAUAAAAGGUAUGGCCUCCAAGGCAACCACGCAACCGGCGAAUCCUGCUCCACCGACCGACACAACGGUGCCAUCGGUGUCUUCCUCCACCCCGGCCGAUGCGAGUGCACAAGCUAUACUCAUAACGGAAUUGAAACAACGCUCUG